GAAGAUAAUGACAUCAAAAGUCCUAACUUUAACAAAAUCGAAGUCGCUGUCGUCGGUAGUCCCACGAAAAAGAACUCCCUCGCCGGAAAAGAAUGACGAAAUCGUUGCUGAGGAAAUGGAGCCAGCUGUUAAGAAACCGAAAGUUGAAUUGAAAGCAAGUAGUUUUGGCUUGAAAAGGCAGUAUUCGACAAUUAACAUUUCUGCUGAUAAGUGGCUAUUAACGCUUGACCCAGAGUCCGUGAAAAAGUUGGAGUCGCCGCCAUCGCUUACUGACGGCCUAGAUAUAGAAACAGAGAAGGAUCUUCGGUAUUUGGGUUGUGAAAUAAUACAGUCUGGAGCGAUAUUAUUACGAUUGCCGCAAGUUGCCGCAGCCACUGCUCAGAUUUUAUACCAACGUUACUUCUAUCAAAGGUCGUUUGUUCGUCAUAGUUGGGAGUAUAUUGCCAUGGGUUGUUUGUUAUUAGCAAGUAAAAUAGAGGAGGCUCCAAGAAGGCCACGUGAUGUGAUUAAUGUGUUUCAUAGGCUGGAGUACUUACAUGGGAAACGUGCAGAAUCUAAAGAGUAUGUCCCGAUGUUGCUGGAUAGCAAGUAUGUAAACUUGAAGAAUCAAGUAAUCAAGGCAGAGCGUAAGGUACUGAAUGUCCUUGGGUUUGUAGUGCACGUGAAUCAUCCACAUAAGCUUAUUUAUGCCUAUCUAAGUGCGUUGGCUCUUCUCGACAAUAAUGAAUUGAUUCAGCGAGCGUGGAGCUAUAUGAAUGAUGGCUUGCGUACGGAUAUUUUUCUUAGAUAUCCACCGGAAACAAUUGCCUGCGCUUGUAUUUUCCUUGCUGCUCGUACAAUAAGUAAGCCUGUACUCCUACCGCAGACUCCGCUUCCUUGGUGUGAAGCUUUCGAUGCUAGCGAUAGAGAUGUGCGAACCAUAUCGCUUAUACUUUUAGAGGUUUAUCGCAGACUCAGGGCACCCAACUGGUUAAGGCUUAAUGACGUUUUGAACAAAAUUCGAGGCAGUUCAUCAGCUACCGAUGUUAGGAACGGCGAAUUGAAAAAUGCAAGUUCGGCAGCAGUAGCCGAAUUGGAGAGAAAACGUAGAGAAAUUGUUGCAAAAGCAGAUGAGAUGCGCAGGGGGCGAGGGGCGUCAUUUGAAGGACGUAAACUGCACAGUGCUACACACAACAGUGAAAAUAAGAUUUCGCCGGAAAAAGUAAAACAUCACCAUCAUAGGCGUCAUCAUAAAGGCGGUAAAAAGCGCGUCAAAGACAGUCGGCAAGACUACCGGACGAGAGAUAGGCGAAGGAGCCGGAGUCGGGACAGAAGCCAAAGCCGAGAGGAACAUCAGAAGAGCAGAAGCAGAGAUGACCGGGUAGGAAACUAUAGUAGGGACGAGAAGCAGAAAAGUCACAGCAAAGAGAGGCGAAGGAGAAGUAGAAGCAAAGAAAAGCGGCAAAGGAGUCGAAGCAGAGAAGAACGACGUCGUAUUUUAAAGGAUCGAAUUAGCAAUCAGAGAGAGCGCGAAAGAGACGUUUAUAAAGCGCUUGGUAAACGUCCGCAGGGUAGUGAGAGUCCGGAACGGCCGUCAAAACAACGUCGAUAGCU